GUUCAGUUUAAGCUGGAGCGCAGUCGAGGUUGCGUCGUUUGUUCGUUCGGUCGGUCCGCUCCGUUCCGUUCCGUUCGGUUAGUUCCUCAUGAUAAACCAAAUCUAUGAAGAUACAUGAAAUCAGGAGGAUAUAAAACAGAAAAACAAAACAAACACUCAAUAAAUACUCACAGCAGAAACUGGGAAGCAAACAUACAACAACAACAACAACAAAAUAGAUUAGGAAUAGAAACAGAUCUAGAGAGUGUUAAAUAUGCUUGAUAAAAGCAUUGAUAGAACCGAGAAGCAAACCGUCGAAUUACCAUUUUUUGUGGAACGAACGUGUACUGAUUGCGAUACCAACGAGAAGAGCGUUAACCUGCGACCACGAGCAAAAGCAACAACAAAAGCAACAACAACAUUAGCACCUACAUCAUUAUCAUCAACAGCAUUACCAUCAGUAACAAGAUCAUCAUUUAGAGGAGGAGGAGGAGGCGGUGGAAAUGCAUUGAAAAGAAGAAAAUGCCAUCCAAAUGCGCAACAACAAAAACAACAACAACAACAACUGAAACUCAAUAGAAAUAUCUAUUUAUGCAAAUGUAAUCGAAUGGCACAGAGCUGUAUAUAUUUUGUAUUAGUUUUAGCAAUCUUAAGUGUAAGAAAUACUUGUGCUGCUUCUCAUCCACAACAACAACAGCAACAACUACGCGAAGGAGAACAACAACAACAACAUCAUUUACAACAUAAUAAUCAAACUGAAAAUGGAGCCGGCGAUAAUUACUCAAUAUAUCACGAUAGAAAUGCAACCAUAAAAUACCCAGAUCCAAUAUUGAUCAUCGCUGAGACUGAAUCUGAAUCUGAGGCUAGUAAUACUCACAACAACAACAACAACAGCAACAAUAUUAAAGCCAGUGUGAAGAAGCAAAAGAACAAGAAGAACAGCAACAUCGUCGAGAAGAAGAACAAGAACUAUAAGAAGAAGCAACUGCAAGAAGAGACUGAGGAAGAGCGACAUCAUCUGCUCAGCGAUUCAUUGGACACAUUUGGCGCUUAUCGCAUACCCGACGAGGCCAUCUACACAAAUGAGUUCGCUGUCCAUAUACCAGCUGGCAGAUCCAUUGCCGAUACCAUAGCCGAGAAGUACGGUUUCACCAAUCGCGGACAGAUCGGCGCCCUUGACGACUAUUAUCUGUUUCAGCAUCAUCGCGUGUCCAAGCGUUCGCUUCGCUCGAGUCGCAAGCAUCACAGUGCCUUAAAGUCGGAGUUCGAGGUGAAGUGGCUUCAGCAGCAGCAUGAGAAGAUCAGGCAGAAGCGAGAUGGCCCCUAUUCAGAUAUACCCACCUACAACCCAUCCCUAACAUCAUCGACCACAUCGUCCCAUUCGCCGCGUCUCAAGUACCGCGAUGUCUCGCCUCUGCUUAUCUUCUCCGAUCCGUUGUUUAAGGAACAGUGGUAUUUGAAUGGAGGAGCCAAGGAUGGUCUGGACAUGAACAUCGUGCCUGCCUGGCAGAAGGGAUACACUGGCAAAGGUGUCGUUGUCUCCAUACUGGACGACGGCAUUCAAACCAAUCAUCCGGAUCUCGCUCAGAAUUAUGAUCCCGAUGCUUCGUUCGAUAUCAACGGCAAUGAUUCGGAUCCAACGCCACAGGAUAAUGGAGACAAUAAACACGGAACACGUUGCGCUGGCGAAGUCGCUGCGGUUGCAUUCAACAACUAUUGCGGUGUGGGCGUGGCAUAUAAUGCCAGCAUUGGCGGCGUGCGCAUGCUGGAUGGCAAAGUGAACGACGUGGUCGAAGCGCAGGCGCUAAGCUUGAAUCCCGCUCACAUUGACAUCUACAGCGCCUCGUGGGGACCCGAGGAUGAUGGCUCGACGGUCGAUGGUCCCGGACCCUUGGCUCGUCGUGCCUUCAUCUACGGCGUGACCAGCGGACGUCAGGGCAAGGGUUCGAUCUUUGUUUGGGCAUCGGGCAACGGUGGACGCUACACGGACUCGUGCAACUGCGAUGGCUACACCAACUCCAUCUUUACGCUGUCCAUCUCGAGUGCCACGCAAGCUGGCUACAAGCCUUGGUAUCUGGAGGAGUGCUCAUCGACGCUGGCCACCACUUAUAGCUCGGGUACGCCGGGUCACGACAAGAGCGUCGCCACCGUCGACAUGGACGGACGUCUGCGACCUGAUCACAUUUGCACCGUGGAACAUACGGGCACUUCGGCUUCGGCACCGCUGGCGGCUGGCAUUUGUGCGUUGGCGCUAGAAGCGAAUCCCGAUUUGACGUGGCGUGACAUGCAGUACUUGGUGGUGUACACCUCGAGGCCGGGACCGUUGGAGAAAGAGAGCGGCUGGACAUUGAAUGGCGUGAAGCGUAAAUACAGUCACAAGUUUGGCUACGGUCUGAUGGAUGCCGGCGCCAUGGUCACUUUGGCCGAGCAAUGGAAUUCAGUGCCACCGCAGCACAUUUGCAAGUCGCGCGAGAACAACGAGGAUCGCAAUAUUGCCGGCGAAUAUGGCUACACGCUGGCCACCCACAUGGAUGUGAACGGUUGCGCCGGCACGAUCAAUGAGGUGCGCUAUCUGGAGCACGUUCAGUGUCGCAUCACGUUGCGCUUCUUCCCGCGCGGCAAUUUGCGCAUCUUGCUCACCUCGCCGAUGGGCACAACGAGUACGCUUCUGUUUGAGCGACCGCGCGACAUUGUCAAGUCGAAUUUCGACGAUUGGCCAUUCCUAAGCGUGCACUUUUGGGGCGAAAAGGCCGAGGGUCGCUGGACGUUGCAGGUGAUCAACAGUGGACGUCGACGGGUCAAUCAACCGGGCAUUCUAUCCAAGUGGCAGCUCAUCUUCUAUGGCACAUCGUCGCAACCGAUGCGCCUCAAAUCGGAGCUGCUAAACACUCAGCUGCGCAACAGUCCCGUUGCCAGCAAUCCGUUCAUCUUCUCGUCGGCCUCGAACAUUGGUCAGCCCGCUAACGAGGGCGGCAACUUUAAUACGGAUAACUUUGCCGGGUAUUUGAACUAUCAGAACAUCUUUAGCAGUGCCGGCUCCAGUCCAGAGGUGGCCACCGCCACUUUGGAUGGUCACAGCGUCAACACUUCGGCAAUUGUCCUCCAACAGCAGCAGCAACUAGCCAAUGUCAAUGGCAGUGGCGAUAACAAGCUCAUCAUGUAUUCCUGCGAUGCUGAGUGCGGUACACUCGGCUGCUAUGGACGUGGGCCGACGCAGUGCGUCGUCUGCAGUCACUAUCGACUGGACAACACUUGCGUAAGUCGUUGUCCACCUCGCUCGUUCCCCAAUCAAGUGGGCAUCUGCUGGCCAUGCCACGAUUCCUGCGAGACCUGCGCUGGCGCUGGACCCGACAGCUGUCUCACCUGUGCACCCGCCCACCUGCAUGUCACUGAUCUCGCCGUCUGCGUGCAAAACUGUCCCGAUGGUUACUUUGAGGAUAUGAAGAAUCGAACUUGUGUGCCUUGCGAGCCGAACUGUGCCUCCUGUCAGGAUCGUCCCGAGUUUUGCACCAGCUGCGAUCAUCAUCUGGUCAUGCAUGAGAACAAAUGUUACUCGGCUUGCCCGCUCGACUCUUACGAAACGGAAGAAAACAAAUGCGCCUACUGUCACUCCUCGUGUGCCACGUGCAAUGGCGCCACAGAGAACGAUUGCAUCACGUGCCGUCCCAGUCGCUAUGCCUGGCAAAACAAAUGCCUUAACAACUGCCCCGAGGGACACUAUGCGGACAAGAAGCGACUGGAGUGUUUGCCUUGUCACGAGGGCUGCAAGAGCUGCAGCAGCAAUGGCAUCUGCAGCGAAUGUCUGCCCAACUGGACGCUCAACAAGAAGGAUAAAUGCAGCGUCGCCGGCAGCGAAGCUUGCACCGAUUCGGAGUUUUACAGUCAGUCGGAGAGCGGCUGCAAGGCAUGCCACAGCUCGUGUGAGACGUGCAACGGUCCGUUGGCCACCAACUGUUUAUCCUGCGAGUCGAAUCGUUUGCUAGAGCAGAGCAGCUGUGUCAGCGGCUGUCAGGAUGGCUACUUCAUGGAGACGGGCGUGUGCACGCCUUGCUUGCACACUUGCACCCAAUGCAAGUCGCGCACCAACUGCAGCAAUUGCUCCAAGGGAUUGGAACUGCAGAAUGGCGAGUGUCGCACCACUUGCGCUGAUGGCUAUUACAGCGAUCGCGGCAUUUGCGCCAAGUGCUAUCUGAGUUGUCACACGUGCAGCGGACCGCGACGCAAUCAGUGUGUUCAGUGUCCCGAUGGCUGGCAGCUGGCCGCCGGCGAAUGCUAUCCCAAGUGCCCCGAGGGCUUCUACAAGUCGGAGUUUGGCUGCCAGAAAUGCCAUCAUUACUGCAAGACCUGCAAUGGCGCUGGUCCGUUGGCCUGUUCGUCGUGCCCGCCCAACUUUAUGCUCGAUGGCGGACUGUGCAUGGAAUGCCUGAGCACCCAGUACUAUGAUGCGACCACACAGACGUGCAAAGCGUGCCACGAAUCAUGUCAUUCGUGCCUGGGACCCGGACAAUACUCUUGCAAAGCGUGCGUGGCACCUUUGCAUCUGGAUCGCGUGAAUGGCCAAUGUGUGCCCUGCUGUCGGGCCAGCAAGAAGACAACCACCGAAGCUGGCGAGCAACAGGACAACGACAACGAAGACGAAGAGCACUGCUGUCAAUGCGAUGCGGAUACUGGUGAAUGCCGAAGCACUUCGACGGCAGGCAAACGUCGCACUGUCGUUGGCAUCGACAGCAUUUUCAGGACCGCUGUCAGAGAUCGACAGCAGCAGCAACAGUUGCCGGGUGAGCUGAAUGGCGGUGGCGGUGGUGGCGUAUUUGUCUUUCGACUCGAUUCCCCGUUGACAGCAAUCACCGCAAUUGCCGUAGCGAUUUGUCUGCUCAUCAUCACCAUCUUCUCCAUCAUCUUUGCCGUGCUGCAGCGCAAUAGCAAUCACACAUCGAGAAAUUCGGUGCGUUAUCGCAAGAUCAAUGGGCGGAAGUGUGAGGCGAGCAAUGAGGCCAGAUUUAUAUUCAAUGUGGGCGAGAAUGGCGAUGAUACGGACAGCGAUGAUGAUAAUGAUAUGAUGGAUAAUAGCAUGGAUACAACGCGGAGGCGGAUGAAUAACCAACGCAUUGUCUACGAGCAGCAACAUCACAAUCGUUGCGGCGUCGUCCCCCCAAAUGGAAACGAAUUUUAUGUGAAGAGUACAAAUGAUAUUGAUGCGAUCGAGUUUCAUGGCAACAGCAGCAGUAGUAGACAUGUAAAUAAUCCCGAUUGCAGUAGCAACAGCAACAGUCCCACAACAAUGAAUCCGCCAAUAAUAGCAGCGACAGCAACAACAACAACAACAACGAGUAGUAGCAGCAACAAUAGAAGAAUCGUUAGCCGAAAUAAUUAUAUUGAAAGCUGAUUCUUUAAUAAUUCCAAUGUGAAUAAACCAACACCAACACCAACUACAAAAACUACAACUAUAGCAACUCCAACACCAAGAACAACAAC